AUGCCCAGUCACGCGGAGCCCUGCGAGACCUCAAUGUACCACGCGUACUCCGUGGGAGAUAACCAGCGCUCCAGUGAUAAUCGGAACAACAGUGACAACAACAGCUGUUUCCCACCGCCGUCAAUUAAUGAUUUUAUGUGCGAACACGAGUCAACCAGCAUGAUGGAUCCCCCCAGCGAAACAUCCUCUUCUAUCCUUCCGCCCCAAAUCCGGUUUAUCUUCUCGCCACCAUCACUGCCGCCCAUGGAUGUCUGUUCUCCACACGAUCUGGAUGCCUACGGGAACUCAUCAGCACCUCUUCUCGAGGAGGGCGACCAUCAUCUUUUUCCCUUCGACCUCAAGGCAAUCUCUUCGGCUACACCCACGACUCGAGCCCUCCCAUCAGCAGAUUCCGCCAACUUUAAUCCCACUACCACCACCGCCGCUGUCAGCAGCACUUUUUACUCUCCUCACUCGCCCUCUGCCUUUCAUCGUCCUACUACUCGCCUCCUCGUGGGAGGUGGUGGUGAUGGCGUUGAUGGUGGCGGCGGCGACGGUUUCUCGCCGUCAUCGGAUGUUCAUCCUCCUCAGCAUCAUCAUCCUCCGCAGUUGCAUUUUGAACAUUCUCAACAACAUCAACGCAGCAGUGAUGACGGCCACCUGAUGACGACGCAGACAGCAGUCGACACCCGGCGCCAUCUAGGGCAGUACCUUGCCAACACCUUGGAGGAACACCAGCAGCAGCAGCAACAGGUUCGUUCACUUCAUCGCCAUCGGCCGCCGCCGGCUGUCGAGCAGUCCAGCAGUUGCACCUCUUCCUCUGCGACAAGUGAACCGGCCAAUAUGGGUCCGAGAGUCGCCGUUUCACUGCCCGGUUUCACGAGCCCCGAGUCCGCCUUCUACCAGUACCAGAAUCGUAUGGAGGGUCAGCUGUGCCAGAUAUGCGGCGAACUGGCUGCUGGAUUCCACCACGGAGCUUACGUCUGUGAGGCCUGCAAGAACAGAGGUUCACUGACAGUGGUCCGAAUUGUGUGCGCCGGCCUAACAGACCCUGGUGGCCGCCCGCCCCCCGGAAAUGUCCUUUCACUUGUUCGAGAUUUUGGACUCGUGUGGAUGCUAGCCAGUCGGCACCAGCAUACGGAAUUUUCACUGUCUCGCCACGAGCGUCUGUCGAGCGAAAUGGGCUCUGACCGUCUGGCGGGGAUGGCCGAUGACGGCCGGUUUAGGGAAAUCGUAGUCAAAGCCUGCAGCUCCUCCUGA